AUGCUUUUUGCCGAUUUUUGUAUUCAUUUCUUUAAAUUUUCGCUCAGUUUCUCCGUCUUCACCAAUUUCUUUGUAUCUUUCUUUCUUCAAUCUGCCUAUGCCCUUUUUUUUCUUUCUUUCUUUCUUUCUUUCUUUCUUUCUGUUAUCAAUUUGUUACUUUCUUCUUUCUUUCUUUCUUCUAUCUGCUUAUUCCUUUCUUUCAUCAGUAUGUUUCAGUUUGUUACUCUCUUAUUUCUUUCUUUCUUUCUUUUUCAGUCUGUUGCCGUUUGUUACUUACAUCUUUCUUUCUUUAAUCUGCCUAUUCCCUUUCUUUCUUUCUUUCUUUCUUUUUUCUUUCUUUCUUCAGUCUGUUGCCGUUUGUUACUUUCUUCUUUCUUUCUUCAAUCUACCUAUUCCCUUUCUUUCUUUCUUUCUUUCUUUUUUAUUCUUUUUUUUCUCUUUUUCUUUUUCCUUUCAAUGCCUGUUUCGUUUUAUUUCAUUCUUUCUUUCUUUUUCUUUCUUUCUUUAAUCUGUUUGUGUCACUUUCUUAUUUUUUUUCUUUCUUUGUUUUUCUUUAACUGGUUUCUCUUUCUUUCAUUCUCUCUAUAUUCUCUCUAUCUGUUUUGCCUUUUUUUCCUUUCUAUAAUCUGUAUGUAUCGCUUUUUUUCUUUUCCUGUCUGUAGUCUGUCUGUUUCGCUUUUUUUUAUUUUCCUUUCUAAAGUCUGUCUGUUUCACCUUUUUUCUUCUCCUAUCCAUAGUCUGUCUGUUUCGCUUUUUUCUUUGCCUUUCUAUAGUCUGUCUGUUUCGCCUUUUUUCUUCUGUUUGUUUCCCCAUUUCUUUCUUUCUAUAGUCUGUCUGUUUCGCCUAUUUUCUUUUCCUGUCUAUAGUCUGCCUGUUCCGCCAUUUUUUCUUUUCCUUUUACAGUCUGUCGGUCUCGCCUCUUUUCUUUUCCUUUCUAUAGUCUGUUUGUUUCGCCUUUUUUCUUCUCCUGUCUGUAGUCUGUUUCGCCUUUUUUUUCUUUGCCUUUCCUUAAUCUGUCUUUUUCAACUUUUUUCAUUUUCUUUCCUCAAUCUGUCCGUUUUGUCUUUGUCCUUUCAACCUGUCUGUUUCGCCAUGUUUUUAAAUUUUUUCUUUCUUUCUUUUUCCUUUAAACGGUUUCACUUUCUUUCUCUCUUUCUUUCUUUCUUUCUAUGCCAUAUCUAA